UGCUGGGGGCGGGGCCUGCACCCUCCCGGAGGUCAGCUUUGCUGUGCCCUCAGCUGCGAGCAGGCUGGCAUGCCGGUGAGCCAGCAGGGGCUCGCGGUUGGGGGGCCACUCACUAGGGCCCCUGUGGAGGCCAGGCGCUCUCCUGGCUGCCCAUCACGGGGUGGCAUGCUUAGCUGCGAGGGGGGGCUCUCUGCUCCCACCCGUUUCCCUCGACCAUCUCCUCUCCAGCUGAGAGCCUGGCGCCUUCCCCCCCCUUGGCCCUGUGCUCCUGCCCACGAGACAAUAGCUUCUGUCUCCUGCCGCUCCCGAGGCCUGCUGGAGUGGGACUGGGCCCCGGCGGAGGGACACGGGCCCCUGAGGGCCCAAGCAGCCUGCAGGGCUGGCCAUUUCCCCUCAGCAGGGUGCCCCAAGGUAUGGGCUCGCCCCGUUGCAGCUCCCCCAUUGGGAAUACUCGUUCCUUCGCCGGGCGCUGGCCAGGCCCCACAGCACGAGGCCUGUAGCUGCCCGGGGUGCUGACACCCUGCUGCAGAGACCGGCAAGCCUCCGCAGGUCCCAGCGUGCCGGAGGCAGCAGGGCCCGAAAGGUCUUGGCACUAGCAGCAGUGCAGACACUAUGGGAACCUGGUACCGCGGUGCCCGGCCUCGCCAGGCCCUGGGCAUUGUGGGAAAGCAUUACAAAAAUGUUAAUCCCAGGGGCUUAGAGGCUGGCAUGGAGUGAGAGCUGCCCAGCCCCUCGCAGGAGGCAGACGGGGUCACAGCUGGGGGCACCUGCGCUGCGGGGCCAGCUGUUAACUGCAUCAGUACCACAUUGAAUAGAAUAUGUCCAGGCCCUUCUGCUUCUGAGCAGCCUGUUGGCCUGGCGCAGGGGUGUGGGAAGUGCCUGGGGGUCAGCCCUCUUCCCCCUGAUUCUCCUUGGCACUGCCACCAGCGCUGCUGCUUUCAUGCCCGCCUCUCCUCCCGUUUCUCCCUCGUCUGCCCCUCCCUUCUGUCCGAGCUCUCCAGGUGCAGGCAGCGGUGGCCAGUCAGUGCAUGCGUACCUCUGCCUUUCCUCCCACUGGCUGGGGGUGGGGGCUCCUGCUGGGGGUGCCCCAGCGUGUGUAGUCCGCUGGCCUGGCAUGCACGGCCCCUGCCCUGCACUCCCCGCCUUCCCCGCCCCCCGUGUCGGUUUCUCGGCAGGCCUGGGGGGCAGGUGGAGCGGAGCAGUUGUGGGGAGCAGCCGAGCAGAGCUGCUGGGGAUCACUGGGUAGGGACUCCGGGAUCAGACGGUCUGUGUGUGGGAGGGGCGGGAAGUAGCGGGUUCCACCGGGGCAGAGGCCCCUGGUGCUGUUGCCUGUGGGUGGGAGAGCCCUGGGCAGAGCGCGCUGGGGGGUUCACUGCCUUCUCGUUCUUGGCAGGCUGUGAGGUGCUGGUGUCUCGUCCCGCUCGGAGCCUGAGGCCCAGCGCGCCCUUCUGCCUCCCCGACGUCACCAAUGCGACCAUGGGAACUGGCAGUCAAUAGGCGGCCUCCCUCUGCCCCCUUCAACCCGCGGCGUUUCUCGGGGGGACCCUGCAGCAGCCCCGAGCACCUCAGGCGAAGCCCCCCUUCCAGGCGUCCGUGGGGACGACGCGACCGACCUCUGCAAACCCUGCUGGCCCAGGAUGAGAACUACCUGCGCCCUGCCUUCCCCCCGCAGCAGCAGCACCUCCCUGUAGAUGAGCCCCGAGCGUACGCUCUCGCCAGCACGCCACCACGAAUGCUUCACCCAGCCGCUCACCCGCCCCACCAGAGCCCAUUCAUGGUGGAUCUCCACGAGCAGGUGCACCAGGGCCCCGUCCCCCUCUCCUACACGGUGACCACGGUAACGACGCAGGGCUUUCCUAUCCACGCAGGCCAGCACAUCCCCGGGUGCAGCGCGCAGCAGCUCCCAGCAUGCUCCAUGAUGUUCAGCGGGCAGCACUACCCACUCUGCUGCCUCCCGCCCCCUCUCAUCCAGGCAUGUGCCAUGCAGCAGCUGCCCGUCUCCUACCAGACGUUCCCGCCCAUCCUCUCCAGCGACCAUUACAUCCUGCACCCGCCCCCGCCAGUGCCGCCGCACCAGCCCCCGCACAUGGCCCCCCUCGGCCAGUUCCUGCCGCUGCAGGCCCAGCACCCGCGCAUGCCUCUGCAGAGGAUAGACAAUGAGGUGGAGUUGCGAGGGGAGCAGCAUGCCAUCGGGGGCUUCGCCUACCCGCCCUCUCCCCACGCCCCAGCGCUGUCCCCCUCUGUCCCGCUGCAUUACCUCCCCCACGACCCGCUGCACCAGGAGCUGCCGUUUGGCGUGCCGUACCCGCCCAUGAUGCCACGGCGACUGAAUACCCAGCGAUACCGACUGCAGCAGCCACUGCCGCCCCCCCCACCGCCGCCCCCCCCCUACUACCCGAGCUUCCUGCCGUACUUCCUCUCAAUGCUCCCCGUGUCGCCGACGGCCGUGGGGCCCACGCUCAGCCUCGACCUGGACGUGGACGAUGUGGAGAUGGAGAAUUACGAGGCGUUACUGAACCUGGCUGAGCGGCUGGGCGAGGCCAAGCCACGGGGCCUCACCAAAGCAGACAUUGAACACCUCCCAUCGUACCGCUUCAACCCCGAGAGCCACCAGUCGGAGCAGAGCCUGUGA